AGAUGCCUAACAUAACCCAGUCUCUCUUUUUCGAUUCAUUAAGAGACUGCGAACGCAAACUACUUGCUCUCUGUCGUCACAAGAACAAGGAAGACACAUACCGCCCAUAAUCGUUUCAAUAAUAAUAAUAAAAUAUAUAGAAGAGGAAAACUCGCUGUGACUCCAUAGCGUACAGCUCAGUUUUCUUCACACCGUGCGUCACCGUCGCCUGUCUUUUUAAUCAACAUUUGUGUUGCUUCUUCUCCGUUCUCUCUUCUGUGUUUUUCCUUUAUCGUGUGUGUGCGAAACACAACGAUUCUCGAACCUCUCAGGUGAUGUGAGAGAACACUUCGAAAAGCACCUGUACCUGUACGCGCACACAGAGAAAAGUGUUGUCACUUCCAUUUGUUUCGCAGCCUUUUCUGGGGGCCUUGUUUCUACUCCAGCGCUCCGUUUCCUAAUUCCAUCAUUGAUCUUCGCGUUCUUUCAAGUAUUUGAUUUCUGUCGUGCUGCAUCGUACAGGCAUCGCACGCAUCCACACACACACACGCACACACGCACACACGCACAAACUACGAGAGGCAAUUACGUACUCGUUUCUUCUCCGAGAAGUGUCUUUGCCGCCUUCUGUCUUUUUAUCUAUUCUCUUUAUUAUUAUUGUUACUAUUCACGCUCCUGCAAGGCCGUUUGUGUGGCUUCUUUGGCCCUCUGCUCUUUGUGAGUCCACAAAGACACGGGAGUUUCAAAGAUCGGGUUCACUUAGUUUACGGUGAAGGAGUUCUGCGCGGGCAAGGGUUUUGGGUGCUUUUACCUGUUAUCCGGCUUGCGUAAAAGGAACUCAGCGGGAGAACGCUAUUUUUCUUUUAGCUUCUUUUUUUUGCGAUAUAACACCGGGAUACUAUUUUUUCUGGUUUUCCUGUUGGGGUGUUUUGCGAAGUGGAGACGUUGCUUUGCUCGCUGAGUGUGUGUUGGGCGUUGUGUGCGUGGGGUUUGGAGUAUCGCCAGGAAAAUACUUCUGUACAAGUUUCAGCGUCGCACCGACGACACCCUCGCCGAAAAGGUAGGUCAUUGCACGUGCGUGUCCUUCUCCUUAUCACAUUGCGACGGAGCGCGUUCGAUUUCGUCGUUUGCCGUUGCGUACCUUCUUCCUUGUUUCGUUGCUUCUGCCUUCUCCGAUAGCUUCUUGUUGACGCCUAGCUCUUUUUUUACUGAAGUAGAAGAACAAAAAACUACAUCAACCACAUCAUUGACUUGCCUUUCCCUUUCCCUUUUCGCUGAGCGUACGGUACUGUUCCUAUUAUUUCCUGUGCCUCCCGUACCGUCUUCGUUUCAUUCCACGCCUUCAUCUUUUUCGUUGUGCUGACUUCGUGUGGGUGCCGUGUCCCCUGCUUCCUCUUCCCGUCUCACCGUUUUCGCUUCGCCUUUUCUUUUGGGGUCGGUGUGCUUCGUUUUCUUUUUUUCCCUUUUCCUUCUGCAGCAUCGUCAACGGCUACAAUGUCGAAGGACAUAGAAAGUAAGAAGGAUUCUCCAAAGGAGGUCAAUAAACUAGUAGUGGUAAAGAAGGUAAGGACGGUCGUGAAGGCGCCGAUUUCUCCUGCGGCCGACAAACCCCGCAGUGCGGACAAAGCACCGACGCCCAUCGCGAAGAACAACCCACUGGUGAACCAGUUCAAGAACGGUGACGCACCUCCGUCCGUUCCUUAUGCCGCCAUCUCCAUCAAAACCGCAGCAACGGAGCAGCCGAAACCGGUGCCGCCGCCCAGCUUCGUUCCCUUGGACAUGGCCAUGCUGAACUCCUCAACGGAGACGGGUGACCGUCGCACCGAGACGGCGUCCAGCGGCUUCGAGUACCGCACCGACACGCAGUCGACGGAGGUGGUGCAUGAGGCCGACACGCCGAACUCCUCGCUGGACUUCCACGAAGAAGAGGAUGUCGAUCAGCCGGUGACGGCAGUGAUGAUGGUAGAGACACAGUCGCAGGAGGCGGGGAAGAGGUCGCCGUCUCCUGCAGCGGAGGUUUCACGGGAGCCACCGUCGCCUCCGGCGCGGCCGCCACAACAGCAAUCGAUGAAGAACGACCCGGAGAGCGAGAAAGCGAGUGCGUCCGUCAUUACAGGGAGUACGGAUGAGGCAGUCACGGAGACCACGAACCGAAACGGCAAAGUGAAGCAGAAGCUGUUCUCCGAUGCAGAUAGCUCCUGCAGUGAGAACGUUUCCACAAGCAGCCCGAAGGAGGUGAACAACCCGUCGUGCAGCCUGCUGACUCUGAACGCCGCCUCUCCACUCGCGCCGCCGGCUGAGCCGACGGCACCGAAGGAGACGAACGCCACCCGUCUUGCGAUGGAGUACCGUGUGGGCGACAUGGCCCCGGUGCUGGUGAGGGGGCAGAAGUACGUAUUUGACUAUCAUGACAUGCGCUGGCGGACGCACGACAUCACGGUGCGCCUUCUGCACCCGAACCGCGGCGUGGGUCAGGACAAAUACUUCGCGAUCUUUUCUGCCGAGCUGCUCGACCCGAUUAAAGCGGCGGCGCCGAUGUUUGCGAAGGUGUACCGCCGCAACGUCGCUGAUGUGGCCGAGGCGGACUACUUCAGUCUCGGACAGGCGCAGGCGCUCUGCGAGGAAUUUGCUCGCGACUACGCUCGUCAGAAGCCCCGCCCCGGCUACCCGAGGUACCGCCUGCCAUUGUUGACGAAUCGGGUGGUCGUGCGGCUGAACAUGAAGUCCAUUGCCGACCCAGCCAUGCGCCGCGCGCGGAAAGGGUUUUUCUCCUAUCGCACCGAAGAUACCCGCCAGCUGCUGUUCUUCAUGGAGCCGAACACGAUUGCCUGUGCGGCUGUUGGCGCGUCCUUCACGUCGCCGGAGGUGGACAACGGCAAGUGCUACCCCCAAGGCGACCUUGCCUGGCCGCGUCAAGUCUACUCCGACAUCGCUGACGGUCUCUCGCACUUCUCCUUCGUGCAGAGCCGCGGCAAGAUGGUGAUGCACGGCUUCCUGCACAGCAACGGCUACCUGCUCGAUCCGCUUUUCCACACCACUGACCGCGAAGGCUUCCGCAUGGGCGACGGUGGCAAGAAGGCGAUUGAUGAGUGGGUGGCACGGCACCGGUGCGGAGAUACCUGCCGUUCCCUUGGCAUCCGCAGCCUGUGCGAGGACACCGUCGACGUCAGCGCCGCUGCCGUAUUCAAUCCGCUCGCCAACACAGACAACCACUACACCGACUACCUUCGCUCCGUGCGGCAGAUGCGUGUGGUCGUGCGCAUCGACCUCGGCGCGCACGACUUGUCGGAGGAGCGGACGGAGGAUGACUUUGACAGCUUCUCGCAGAGGUCGGAGAGCCUCGUCUCUGCUGUCGGUGCCGUGCACGCGGUGCCGGUUGCGUCUGCGUCCUUCCCGGUGACGUUGAACGCCGUCAAGUACGUCUUUCUUCCAGCGCGGGCGAGAUGGGAGAAGGUGCCCAUGAAGAUGACAGUCCUCUCGCCGAACAAACCCGACAUGGCUGAUGAGCGCAGUGCGUACUUCACGAUUGAGGAGGUGCACGAGGGCGCGCCGUCCAUCCCGAUGCGGGCGAAGUUUAUUCUGCGCCAUGACACAAAGGAUGCGGACUAUUAUCACGUCGGCGACGCGUAUUGCGUGUGCGUGGCGCUUGGGCAGGUCUUCCGCAGCUACCGCAAGAACGGUGUCUUCGAGCGCGAGCUGGAGUUUCGCUCGGCCUACGCGGUGCGUGUGCCGCAGUCGGAAAUCCCAGAGAGCCUCAGGGCCCACAUGCGCUGCGACAGCUUCUUCGCGCACACAACGGCGGACUCCGGCGAUGUCAUGUUUAUCCUCGAGCCCACCUUCCGGUCCGACGCGCCGCCGCGCCCCGCCGGUGCAGGCGGGAUGCCAAAGGACGCGCAGGGCUUCGAUGACCGCGAACUGCGCCAAGUUGUGGACGCCUUUUCGCACUUCACGUUGCACAAGUCCGGCAACCACCUCCUUGUCUGCGAACUCAAGUGCAAGGACGGGCUGCUCACACGCCCGCACAUCGACACGUCCAACGGCCGUGGCUUUGAGACGAUCAACGACGGCGAGCGCGGCAUUCGGCAUUGGGUGAAGCAUCACACGUGCAACCCGCUCUGCGCCCUUCUCGGCAUGGAGCCACUACCGCCGCGGCUGAAGCUGUACAACAUCUCCAACAAUCGCCUCAUGAAGUACAUCAACCUUGUCCAGCAGCACACACUGCAGGAGGAUGAGAAGGUCGACUUCAAUCUGCCACCGCGUUCACCGUCGGAGAUCGGAAGUCGCUACGCUUCGGAGCAGCGCGAGGCGAGUAUGGAGAACAACGCCUCCGCUGAGCAGGCCUGUGCUUCGAACAGCACCUCGACCGCGGUGUCGCCGCUGAAGGAGGACGGUGGGCUGCUGCUGCGGCCAUGGGUGCACACCGGCAAGGGCACCAUCCCGAAAUCUCCGGCCAAGAAGAACGGCGUGCUCGACUCCGGCCCGCGCCGUCCCCUCACGCUUGCGGAUCUAAACAAGCUGCAGAGAAGGGGCAUCGACACGAAGUACAUCCUCCCCGCCACGAAGUACGACUACGACAUCAACACCCUCUCGUGGAAGGUGAGCCGCAUGUUUGUGCGCAUUGUCGCGCCGGAACGCGGAAUUGGGCAGGGCGGCAUGCGUGUGUGCUUCGAGGUGACCGACAUCGACCCCGAGGAGUGCGAGGAGACGGUGAUGGUGGCGAAGAUGUACCGCCGCACGAUAAAGGACGUGGUGGAGAAGGACUACUUCACGGAGGUGACGGUGCAGAAGCUCUCGGCGCUCUUCGUGCGCGACUUCAACGCCGAGAAGAAGGAGGGCUGCGGCGAGUGGCUGCGUGUGCUGGGCAGCGCCGUCGUCGCCAUCGAGCGGCCGGACCUCAACCCGCAGCUGCUGGCGAAGCGGACGGGCUUCUUCUCGUACCGCACCACCGACUCGCAGCGGGUCAUGUUCAGCAUCGAGCCGCGGCUGGAGGGGCGCUUUACCAAGUACAACGGAAACAUGGGGGAGGCCUACCCAACGAACGAGAGCCGUCUGACCCCGGCCGCCGCGCGGGAGCGCACGAAGGUGUUCGAGGCUGUUGAGGCGCUGUCGCACUACUCACUCGUGAAGAGCGAGGGUGCCCUGCUGCUGUGCGACAUUCAGGGCGUGAAAAACGAGCUGACGGACUUGGAGAUCCACACCUACGACGGCCGGGGCCUCGGCAUCGGCAACUUCGGCGCGCGCGGCAUUGCGAAGUUCGUCGAGCGUCAUCGCUGCACACCGGUCUGCAAGGCGCUCCACUUGGAGAACUUGCAGGAUCAGAAGUUCGACGUUACCGACGAAGUGAAGCGGAACAACAAGUAUGUUCGUGUGUUCGAACGCAGCAGGGAGAUUGACACGAUGCCGUAG